CGCACAGCAUACAGAUCAGAGGUACGACAGUUACGUGACGCGGCUGUAGCUCAGACUUUCAUAAUUACGUAAGCACUUCAGCGGCUGUGUGGCUGGCUCGCCCUCACAACAAAUAGUAUUGAAGUUAAUUUGUGCCUUUUCGCCGCAAUGGAUUCAGCAGCCACAAAAGAAACGGAGAAGCACUGUGUCCUGUGCUGCCAGGAGGUCGAUAUCUUCGCCUUGGGAAAAUGCGACCACCCGGUUUGUUACCGCUGCUCUACCAAAAUGAGGGUGCUGUGCGACCAGAAGUACUGCGCCGUCUGCCGCGAGGAGCUCGAUAAGGUGGUGUUCGUAAAAAAACUGGAGGCCUUCUCCUGUCUGCCCUACCAGCAGUUCCCCUGUGAGAAGAAGCAUGAUAUCUAUUUCAGUAAUGAGAAGAUCUAUGCAGAGUACAGGCGCCUGCUGAUGCCAGAGUGCCUCCGCUGUUCAGAGCCUAAGGUCUUCUCCAAGUUUGAGGAGCUGGAGUAUCACAUGAGGAAGCAACACGAGCUUUUCUGUUGCAAGCUUUGCACAAAACAUCUCAAGAUCUUUUCCUAUGAGCGCAAGUGGUACAACCGAAAGGAACUGGCACGCCACCGAGCGCAUGGAGACCCAGAUGACACAAGCCACAGAGGACAUCCACUCUGCAAGUUCUGUGAUGACCGAUACCUCGAUAACGAUGAGCUGCUUAAACACUUGCGCAGGGACCACUACUUCUGCCAUUUCUGUGAUGCUGAUGGUUCCCAGGAAUACUACAGUGAUUAUCAGUACCUGAGCGAGCACUUCAGAGAGAGCCACUAUCUGUGUGAGGAAGGCCGCUGUGCCACAGAACAGUUCACACAUGCAUUCCGCACUGAGAUCGACUACAAGGCCCACAAGGCUGCAGCACACAGCAAGAACCGGGCCGAGGCCCGGCAGAACCGCCACAUCGACCUACAGUUUAACUACGCCCCGCGACAACAAAGAAGAAAUGAAGGUAUCUUGACAGGUGAGGACUAUGAGGAGCAGCGUCACAAUCGAAGAGGAGGAAGGCCUCAGGGGGGACAGAAAAGCUGGAGGUACUCCCGUGAGGAAGAGGACAGAGAGGUGGCAGCUGCUAUGAGGGCGUCCUUGGCAAUGCAUAGACAGGAGGAGAGGGCAGCAGCGCAGGAGAGGAAUGCUCCCAAACACAGCCGUGAGGAAAGGAUGGAGAGGAUGGAAAGGACUGAGAGAAUGGAGAGAACAGAACCAGAAGAGCCCAGACACAGGACCGGACAAAUCAAACCAACAAGCAAACCUCCUGUAAGAACAAUGAAGAGCAGUCCAGAGGAGGACGACUUUCCAGCUUUAGGGGCCACAGCUGCCACAUCCAUAGUAAAGCCAGCUCCUUCAGUUGUAACAGCAGCCCGUGCAGGUUUAAAGGAAGACGACUUCCCCAGCCUCUCAGCUGUCGCUGUCUCGUCCCCUAUGACUCCAGCUUACUCUGCCCAACCUAAGAAGAGUUCCUCUUUCCAUGACGAGGAUUUCCCCGCUCUUGUGUCCAAAAUACGGCCCCUCAAAACCGCAGCUCGCAGCAACUCCGCCUGGUCCAGCCAUGCAACUGUGGCUAAACCUGCCACACAACCCCCUUCUUCCUCCCGACCUCCUCCUCCACUCUCUUCUGCAUCCUCUGGCCCUCAGCCCCUCUCCUCCUCAUCAUCUUCAUCCUCACGUAGGAAGAAGAAAGUAGGGGAGAACGGGAAAGCAACAUUAACCCGGUCUCCUCCUUCCUCUGAUGAUGAGAGUGGAGGACUGACGCAGCAGGAGUUCCGCUCAGUGCCAACCAUGUUGGACAUCUCAUCGCUGCUCACUGUUAAAGGAGGCAACAUCAAACCCCCUCCUGUGACCCCCAACCCUCCAAACCUGACUCCCAACCCUGAUCCUCCUACCUCUAAGGCCAGCAAGAAGAAAAAACAGCAGAAGAACACAGCUACUCCCUCUACAUCUGUGCCUUCAGCCUCGGGGAUGACGCAAAGUUUGAGUGCAGUCUCAGUGGAAACGGCAGCACAGAAGGAGAACGUCCCUGAGAAAAGUCGGAGCAAACCCGUUUCUGGUGGUGUGACGUCGGCAGCAAUGAGUGUAUUGGCGAAUGGCCACCCUGAGGAGUCACCACCUGUCAUUAAGAAGGCAGCCACAGUAGCCCCUCAUCCCAACAAAGACCCCCCUGUUGAACAGGAAGAAGAGUUCCCUGCCCUCAUGACCAAGAACCCACCACCAGGCUUCAAGAGCUCCUUCCCACUGAAAGCCUCUGCCCCCGCCCAGUCCUCUUCUCUGCCCCCUCCUCCACCCGGCCUGGGAAUCUCAGCCCCCAAACCUCCCCCAGGAUUCACUGGGAUCCCCCUCAACAGCAAUGUAUUGGAGCCUCCUCCUUCUGCAGUCAACCUUCCCCCGAAGGUGUCAAGCAGUGGUUACCUGGUACCGGACGACUUCCAUCAGAGGAACUUGGAGCUGAUCCAGUCCAUUAGAAAGUACCUUCACAACGAUGAGUCAAAGUUCAACGAGUUCAAGAACUACUCUGCACAGUUCAGACAGAGCGUGAUAACAGCAGCGCAGUACCACCACAGCUGUAAGGACCUGCUCGGAGACAACUUCAACCGCAUCUUCAACGAGCUGCUGGUACUCUUGCCGGACACCAGCAAGCAGCAGGAGCUCCUGACUGCCCACGGAGACAGCAAGGCUUUGGAGAAGCAGUCGGGCACUGGAGGAGGAAAGAAAAACAAGAACAAGAAGAAUGCCUGGCAGACGCCGACCACAGCGGCUAGCACAGCAGCCGAGCUGGACUGUCAGGUGUGCCCCAUUUGCAGACAGGUGCUGGCCCCCAAAGACUUCAACUCCCAUAAGACCCUGCACAUCAGGGACAGCGACGAGUUCCCUUCCUUGCAGUCAAUUAGCCGUAUCAUCAGCUAGCCCCUAGUGUUUUCUCAUUCAGCUCCGUUUGCCACCAUGGGGUGAAUUUUCAGUUGCCUCCUGCAGCCCCAUUAAAAUUGCGCAGCAGCCAGUUUGGAAACCAGCAGCCUGUUUGCUGUGGGAGCACACCCCAGUGGAGUUUGGGGAUAGUAUCUCAUAAAGAAUUGGAAUAAAGAUGGUUUAUGGUGAUUUUACUCCUGUUGGUACGUUUGUGUGAAUGGUUUCGCAGUUUGCCCCAUUUUAACUCCACAUCCUUGGAGGACGUCUCCAGCUGGCACUGGUCAAACCAGGGCUAACAGUUUAUUUAAUGAAGAGGAGAGACUAGAGAAGGCUAUGCUUGAAUGCAUUGCUGCCUAAUACAAGAUCAUGAUUCACAUUUUUUACCUUGCUCUGUGUUUUCACUUUAACAGGAGAUGACAAAAUGUAUUUUGUCAAAGUUGAUUAUGUAUUAUUCCCCAGCGGGGCUGCUUGGUUAAAUAACAAAAUAAACACAAACAUGUGUAGUUCAACUAUUCAGCACCAUAUUUAUUUAAGUAUAGCUGUUUAAUUGCUUUUAAAUGUUCAUUGCUGUAUGCAAAAAAAAGAAAUUGUUAUGAGUGGGUGGUCAGAUACAUCAAGUCGGAGCGGGAGUGAGAAGAUGUAAGCUGCUUUGGCAAAUUGCAACAAAUUUUGGUUCACAGAUUGAAUCUUUGACUUAAAAAAAAAAAAACAACUAACUGUUCUCAUGACUGACCACUAGUCAGACUGAUUUGGUGACUAAUGGAGUGUUUGAUGGUGUGAAAAGAAACAAACUAAAAACUGAAAUACUGUUCUGUUGAAAAUGAUCGUAAUCACUCCUUUUUUAAGAAAAGAAUGUCCAUAUAUUUUAUUGGUGAAAAUUUUUGUUAUGCGUUAUCAGGGAGAACUUCCUAGAGGGAUCAUAAUUCAUAUAACACUAAAAAAAACACUGUCAUCCUGACACACACUCAGCCUCCGUUAGAACUCGAGCUUUGACACACUGUUCGCUCAGUUUGUCAGAGAGGGCUGGUUACAUCUAGUACACGAUCUGUUCGUCCUCUCUCUCAGGACCUUCAGCUGGCACUGCUGCCCGCCUGGGUGUGCGUCCGUCUUGUGUUUGCACGUGUGUCUGAAUGAAUGUGUACAUCACACAGCUGCUUCCUCCUCUUUUCCUGUCUGGCUUUAAUAAAGCUGUUUCUGUCA